CCACACAGUCAGUGGGCUCCAUUCUAUUUCCUCCCGGUUUGUGUGUGUUGUGUGUAUUUGUGUGUUGAUUUCUAGCCUGCUGUCCAAUCGGUCCACUUUGACCUCUUUGGACCUACUCGCUAGCAGAAAUGGACGCCGCUCCCGGGUGUCCGUCAUAAUAUUUGUUCCUCGCGCUAGGACCGACAAACCCUCAGCCACCCUCCCCUUCCUCCCCCGCUCACUCGCCAACGCCGUCAAAGAACGAAGACAGGGGGCCCACACUUGAUGUCCCACAAUUCCCUGCAAGAGCGACUCCCCGCUUCCUGGCGGCUUGGAUGAGUCCCAAUCAGCCCGCCAACCCCAAGCACUGAUUGGCCAAGAGCCAGACUGCAUAUCCGACGGCCAUCCAGUGGCGAGGCGUCAUGGCCGACGUGGACCCCGACACCCUGCUGGAGUGGCUCCAGAUGGGUCAGGGCGACGAACGCGACAUGCAGCUCAUCGCAUUGGAGCAGCUCUGCAUGCUGCUGCUCAUGUCCGACAACGUGGACCGAUGCUUUGAGACGUGCCCCCCGCGGACCUUUCUCCCAGCGCUGUGCAAGAUCUUCCUGGACGAGAGCGCCCCAGACAAUGUCCUGGAGGUGACGGCUCGUGCCAUCACAUACUACCUGGAUGUGUCGGCCGAGUGCACGCGCAGGAUCGUGGGCGUGGACGGCGCCAUUAAAGCACUGUGCAACCGCCUGGUGGUGGUGGAGCUCAACAACAGGACCAGCAGAGAUCUGGCCGAGCAGUGUGUCAAGGUCCUGGAAUUGAUCUGCACCAGGGAGUCUGGCGCUGUGUUCGAGGCAGGCGGCCUGAACUGCGUGUUGAGCUUCAUCAGGGACAGCGGCCACCUGGUGCACAAAGACACGCUGCACUCGGCCAUGGCCGUCGUGUCGCGCCUCUGCAGCAAGAUGGAGCCCCAGGAUCCCUCGCUGGAGACCUGCGUCGAGUCUCUGUCCAGCCUCCUCAAGCACGAAGAUCACCAGGUGUCAGACGGCGCCUUGCGCUGCUUUGCCUCGCUGGCCGACCGCUUCACGCGGCGCGGCGUGGAUCCGGCACCCCUGGCCAAACACGGUCUGACAGAGGAGCUGCUGUCACGCAUGGCGGCGGCCGGUGGUGGAGCAGCAGCGGGCCCCUCAUCGGCUUGCAAACCUGGCCGCGCGUCUGCCGGCGCCACCCCCUCCGCCCCCGACUCCAAGCUCAGCAACCAAGUGUCCACCAUCGUCAGCCUGCUCUCCACCCUCUGCAGGGGUUCGCCGCUUGUAACGCACGAUCUGCUUCGCUCAGCGUUGCCCAACUCCAUGGAGUGCGCCCUGGGUGGGGACGAGCGCUGCGUGCUGGACACAAUGCGUCUGGUGGACCUGCUGCUGGUUCUGCUCUUCGAGGGCCGCAAGGCACUUCCCAAGUCCACGGCAGGCUCCUCCAGCCGCAUCCCCUGCCUGCGGCGCUUGGACAGCUCGGGAGAACGAUCCCACCGACAGCUCAUCGACUGUAUACGAAGCAAAGACACAGACGCGCUCAUAGACGCCAUCGACACUGGGGCCUUCGAAGUGAACUUCAUGGACGAUGUGGGUCAGACUCUCCUCAACUGGGCAUCUGCUUUCGGAACGCAGGAAAUGGUGGAGUUCUUAUGUGAACGCGGCGCCGAUGUCAACCGAGGGCAGAGGUCCUCUUCCCUGCACUACGCUGCCUGUUUCGGGCGGCCACAAGUUGCUAAGACACUUCUGCGUCACGGCGCCAAUCCCGACCUCAGGGACGAAGACGGAAAGACUCCCCUGGACAAGGCCAGGGAACGAGGGCACAGUGAAGUGGUGGCCAUACUGCAGUCCCCUGGUGACUGGAUGUGUCCGGUGAACAAGAGCGACGAUAAGAAGAAGAAAGACGUUAACAAAGAGGAGGACGAAGGCGGCGAACCCAAAGGAGACCCUGAAAUGGCACCCAUCUACCUGAAGAGACUUCUACCCGUUUUUGCACAAACCUUUCAGCAAACCAUGCUGCCUUCCAUCAGGAAAGCCAGUCUAGCUCUGAUCCGGAAAAUGGUCCACUACAGCAGUGAGCUGCUUCUUAAGGAGGUCUGCGACAGCGAGGUGGGCCACAACCUGCCCACAGUUCUAGUAGAAAUCAGCGCCACUGUGUUGGACCAGGAGGACGACGAUGAGGGUCACCUCCUGGCCCUGCAGAUCAUCCGAGAUCUGGUGGACAAAGGAGGAGACGUCUUCCUGGAUCAGCUGGCCCGCCUGGGCGUCACCAACAAGGUGUCCACGCUGGCUGGACCAACGUCUGAUGAUGAGAACGAGGACGAGGUUAAACCCGAGAAGGAGGAGGAAGCCCAGGAAGAUGCCCGUGAGAUCCUGCAAGGAAAACCCUACCACUGGCGGGACUGGUCCAUUAUCAGAGGACGGGAUUGCCUGUACAUCUGGUCGGACGCCGCCGCCCUAGAGCUGUCCAAUGGCUCCAACGGCUGGUUUCGCUUCAUCCUGGAUGGAAAACUGGCAACCAUGUACUCCAGUGGCAGCCCCGAGGGCGGCUCCGACAGCUCUGAAUCACGAAGCGAGUUCCUGGAGAAGCUUCAACGCGCCAGGAGUCAAGUCAAACCCGUCACGUCUAGCCAGCCCAUACUAUCCGGCUUGGGGCCCACCAAGCUGACCGUGGGCAACUGGUCCUUGACGUGCCUAAAGGACGGCGAGAUCGCUAUCCAUAACUCGGACGGUCAGCAGGCCACCAUCCUGAAGGAGGAUCUGCCGGGCUUCGUCUUCGAGUCUAACCGGGGAACCAAACACUCCUUCACCGCUGAGACUUCUUUAGGCUCUGAGUUCGUGACGGGCUGGACAGGCAAGCGGGGCCGCAAGCUCAAGUCCAAGCUGGAGAAAACCAAGCAGAAAGUGAAGAGCAUGGCCAGGGAGCUCUAUGACGACCACUUCAAAGCGGUGGAGAGCAUGCCCAGGGGCGUUGUAGUCACCCUGAGGAACAUCUCCACGCAGCUGGAAGCCUCCUGGGAGCUGCACACCAACAGACAGUACAUGGAAGGCGAGAACACGUGGAGGGACCUGAUGAAGACGGCUCUGGAAAACCUGAUCGUGGUGCUCAAAGAUGAGAACACCAUUUCCCCCUACGAGAUGUGCAGCAGCGGCCUGGUUCAGGCGCUUUUCACCGUCCUCAACAACAGUGUGGAUCUGGACCUGAAACACGAUUGUAAGCCUUUAAUGGAGAGGAUCAAUGUUUUCAAAGCGGCUUUCAGCGAGAAUGAAGACGACGAAAGCCGACCAGCUGUUGCCUUAAUCCGAAAACUGAUUGCUGUCCUGGAAUCCAUCGAACGUCUCCCUUUGCACCUUUACGACACGCCAGGUUCCUCCUACAACCUGCAGAUCCUGACGAGGAGGCUCCGCUUCCGCCUGGAACGAGCGCCGGGCGAGACGGCGCUGAUUGAUCGGACGGGCCGAAUGUUGAAGAUGGAACCACUGGCCACCGUAGAGUCUUUGGAGCAGUACUUGCUUAAGAUGGUUGCGAAGCAGUGGUAUGACUUUGAGCGCUCCUCCUUCGUCUUCGUCAGGAAGUUGAGGGAAGGUCAGACAUUCACCUUCAGACACCAACACGAUUUUGACGAGAACGGCAUCAUCUACUGGGUCGGAACCAACGCCAAGACGGCCUACGAGUGGGUUAACCCGGCCGCGUACGGCCUAGUGGUGGUGACCUCGUCGGAGGGGCGCAACCUGCCUUACGGACGCCUUGAGGACAUCCUCAGUCGAGACAGCUCCGCUCUGAACUGUCACACCAAUGACGAAAAGAACGCUUGGUUCGCCGUCGACUUGGGCCUAUGGGUCGUCCCCUCGGCCUAUACGUUGAGACACGCCAGGGGAUACGGGCGCUCCGCUUUGAGGAACUGGGUGUUCCAGGUGUCCAAAGAUGGUCAGAACUGGAGCACGUUGUACACUCACGUGGACGACUGCAGCCUUAAUGAACCGGGGUCGACGGCCACGUGGCCUCUGGACCCAUCCAAAGACGAAAAGCAGGGCUGGAGACACAUCCGAAUCAAACAGAUGGGCAAGAACGCCAGCGCCCAGACGCACUACCUGUCCUUGUCGGGCCUAGAGCUUUACGGCACCGUCACCGCUGUGUGCGAGGACCAACUAGGCAAAGCUGUGAAAGAGGCCGAGGCCAACCUGCGUCGCCAGCGCCGCCUAUUUCGUUCUCAGGUGAUGAAGUACAUAGUGCCAGGGGCACGGGUGGUGCGCGGCAUCGACUGGAAAUGGCGCGACCAGGACGGGAACCCGGCCGGUGAGGGCACAGUCACAGGAGAGGCCCACAACGGCUGGAUUGAUGUAACCUGGGAUGCCGGCGGCUCAAACUCUUACCGUAUGGGCGCCGAAGGGAAGUUUGACCUCAAGCUUGCUCCAGGGUACGACCCUGAGUCGGCUGCCUCAGCGCCGUCACCCAAACCUGUCUCAUCCGCUGUUUCAGGCCCCGCCUUUGCCGCGCUGGGACCCUCCCCGACCCCGCCGGCCAGCGGAGGCGGCGCCGUGUCCACGCCGUCCUCCUGGAGCAGUCUGGUGAAAAAUAACUGUCCGGACAAGGGCGGGGCCUCAUCGCUAAGCGGGACUGGCUCGACUGGCCGCAAGGGCAGCAACAGCUCCGUGUGCAGCGCGGCGUCCUCCUCAGACAUCAGCCCAGGCUCCUCCCUCGGGCCGCCCACCGGGGGGCGAUCGGACAAGCGGGCCGAGGGCCUCCUUUCGGAGCGGGGCUGCGGGUCGGGUGGCGCCGCGGCAGGCGGGGCCGGAUCCGAGGGCCGGCGGCAGGAAGCCGCGGAGGCCAGAGCCCCCACGGAUGCCCCCUCGGACGCUUCUAAAGACUCGUCAGCCGACCCAGCGGCAGCGAUCUCCAUGGGACUGGUCAGCGUGAGCUCGCCCGACGUCAGCUCGGUCUCAGAGUCCCCCGGCAAGGACGCACCUUCUCAGCGGCCCCUGUGCUCGGCCGCCAAUGCCCGCCUCUCGGUCAGCUCGCUGCUGGCGGCCGGUGCGCCCAUGAGCUCCAGCGCCAGCGUACCCAACCUGUCGUCGCGCGAAGCCAGCCUCAUGGAGUCCUUCGUGCGCCGGGCGCCCAACAUGUCGCGCACCAACGCCACCAACAACAUGAAUCUGAGCCGCAGCAGCAGCGACAACAACACCAACACCCUGGGACGCGUCAUGAGCACUGCCACGUCCCCCCUCAUGGGCGCCCAGAGUUUCCCCAACCUCACCACCACCGGCACCACCUCCACCGUCACCAUGUCCACCUCCAUCGUCACCAGCAGCAACAACGUAGCCACGGCAACCACCGGCCUGUCAGUGGGGCAGAUGCUAAGCAACACUUUGACCGCCAGCCUCACGUCCACGUCCAGCGAGAGCGACACGGGCCAAGAGGCGGAGUUUUCGCUCUACGACUUCCUAGACAGCUGCCGCGCUAACACGCUACUGGCCGAGCUGGAAGACGAGGAAGACCUCCCGGAGCCCGAUGACGACGACGACGAGAACGAAGAUGAUAAUCAGGAGGACCAGGAGUACGAGGAAGUUCUGGAGGAGGAGGAGUACGAGACCAAAGGAGGUCGCAGGAGGACAUGGGAUGAUGACUUUGUCCUCAAGAGACAGUUUUCCGCUUUGGUUCCAGCCUUUGACCCCCGACCCGGAAGAACAAACGUGCAGCAGACCACUGACCUGGAGAUUCCACCGCCAGGAACUCCUCGCUCGGAAGUCCAAGAGGAAGUGGAAUGUGCGCCUUCCCCUCACCUGGCCCUCACUCUCAAGGUCGCAGGUCUUGGCACGACGCGGGAAGUGGAACUCCCUCUGUCCAACUACAAAUCCACCAUCUUCUUCUAUGUCCAACGGCUGCUGCAGCUCUCAUGCAAUGGUGCAAUCAAGACAGACAAGCUGAGACGCAUCUGGGAGCCCACGUACACGAUCAUGUACAGAGAGCUGAAGGACGUGGACAAGGAAAAGGAAAGCGACAAGAUGGACUUCUGCGAACACGGCGUUGGCCGGAGUGGCAGUCUCAAUCCCGGCGUUUUGCCGACCCAACAGAGCAGCGACAUUUUGGGCUGUGGCAGGGAGGCGCCGCAGGCUAAAGCGGGUUGUGGUCAAAACGCAUGCGGCGUGGAGGAUGUGCUGCAGCUACUACGUAUUCUAUACAUCAUCGGCGGGGAUGCCGCCUACAACGCGCGCACGCUACAAGAAGACGCGGACGAGCCGCAAUUCAACGCCUCCCCGGAGGAGUUCACCAGCAAGAAGAUCACCACCAAGAUCCUGCAGCAGAUCGAGGAACCUCUGGCACUGGCCAGUGGCGCGCUGCCCGACUGGUGCGAGCAGCUCACCUCCAAGUGUCCUUUCCUCAUCCCUUUCGAGACCCGCCAGCUUUUCUUUACUUGCACCGCCUUCGGAGCCUCCAGAGCCAUAGUGUGGCUGCAAAACCGGCGCGAGGCCACCAUGGAGCGGUCGCGGGCGUCCGCCACGGUGCGAAGGGACGACCCCGGAGAUUUCCGGGUGGGUCGCCUCAAACACGAACGGGUCAAGGUGCCCAGAGGGGACGCCAUGAUGGAGUGGGCCGAGUCGGUCAUGCAGAUUCACGCUGACAGGAAGUCCGUGCUGGAGGUGGAGUUUCAGGGAGAAGAAGGAACAGGUCUGGGGCCCACAUUAGAGUUUUACGCUCUAGUGGCGGCGGAGUUCCAGAGAACCUCCCUGGGAAUUUGGUUGUGCGACGACGACUUUCCGGACGACGAGUCGAGACAGGUUGAUCUGGGUGGCGGCCUGAAGCCUCCGGGCUACUACGUGCAGCGUUCGUGCGGCCUCUUCCCGGCGCCAUUCCCGCAGGACAGUGAAGAGCUGGAGCGCAUCACCAAGCUCUUCCGUUUCCUGGGCGUUUUCCUGGCCAAGUGCAUCCAGGACAACAGGCUGGUGGACUUGCCUGUCUCGCAGCCCUUCUUCAAGUUGCUCUGCAUGGGCGACAUCAAGUCCAACAUGAGUAAGCUGCUCUACUCACCCCCGGGUGGGCCGGGCCUAGAGCCGGAACGCCCCAUGCUGCCACCGUUCGACGUGCGCUCCGAGGCGUCCACCGAGGACAGCCGAGAGACUUUCUCCGUGGGGAGCUUCGACGAAGACUCCAAGUCGGAGUUCAUCAUGGACCCACCUAAGCCGAAACCACCCGCCUGGUACCACGGCAUCCUCACCUGGGACGACUUUCAGCUGGUCAACCCUCACAGAGCCAGCUUCCUGAAGGAGGUCAAGGAACUAGCAGUUAAACGACGGCAAAUCCUGAGCAGUAAAAUUUUGUCUGAGGAUGAGAAGAACACGCGGCUUCAAGAGCUGACGCUCCGAAACCCGAUGGGCUCGGGACCUCCGCUCGCAAUCGAAGACCUCGGGUUGAACUUUCAGUUCUGCCCAUCGUCCAAAGUUCACGGCUUCUCCGCUGUAGACCUCAAACCCAACGGAGACGACGAGAUGGUGAGCGUGGAGAACGCCGAGGACUACGUGGAGCUGAUGUUUGACUUCUGCAUGCACACGGGAAUUCAGAAACAAAUGGAGGCCUUCAGAGAGGGUUUCAACGGUGUCUUCCCGAUGGAGAAGUUGAGUUCGUUCAGCCACAAAGAAGUUCAGAUGAUCUUGUGCGGCAACCAAUCGCCUUCUUGGACCUCCGACGACAUCAUCAACUACACUGAGCCAAAGCUGGGCUACACUAGAGACAGCGCGGGCUUCCUGCGUUUUGCACGCGUCCUAUGCGGCAUGUCGUCGGACGAGAGGAAGGCCUUCCUGCAGUUCACCACAGGUUGCUCCACGCUGCCCCCCGGAGGCCUGGCCAACCUGCACCCCCGACUCACCAUCGUUAGAAAGGUGGACGCGACGGACUCCAGCUACCCGUCGGUCAACACAUGUGUCCACUAUCUGAAGCUUCCCGAAUAUUCCUCCGAGGACAUUAUGAGGGAGCGUCUGCUGGCCGCCACCAUGGAGAAAGGCUUCCACCUCAACUGAGCCGCCUGCCCGCUCGCUCACCCGCCUGCCCAUCCGCUCGCCCGCCUGCAUGCCACCACCAUCCUGGUCACCGCCGCUAGAGGGCGCCGCCAUCCUAGCGCUCGCCGUGUGCGUUCAGCGUGUUGUCCCGCCAUCUUUUGGCGUUAUUUUAUUUUGAUUUUUUUUUUUGUUUUUGUUUGUUUGUUUGUUUUGGAUUUGUGUGUGUGCGUGCGUGCGUGCGUCGUGGUUCUUUCCAGAGACACAAACACUGGUCGUUCGUGUGCAAGGGGGGAAAGAAAACAAAAAACAAAUUCCUGUAUUUUCUUUGUAUAUUAUAAACAUUUAUUUAACUCAAGUUGCAGUUUGAGCUAAACAGAUAUUUUCCAAAAUGUGUUUGCUCCAGAAAAAAAAAGAAAUAAAAAUCAUUCAAAUGUUUGCAAAGUACCAAGGACGCAUUUUUUGGGCAACAAUUUUGUUUCCUCAUGUAUUGAUGACCGAUGUCGUUGGCAGCCAUUGAUGGUGAUUGACGUCCAAUGUUC